GUCAAAUUCUUUAAGCUUCAUAACCUCUUUUCGUCUAUCCUAUUAUCGCAGCAUCACGUCAGUGUAACCUUGUGUGGGACAUGUUCCUGAAAAACCAGAUUCGACUUGUCGAGCAUCAAACCAGUUGAGCCCUAAAUAAAAUAAUUAAUGAGCCACUAGCCGCAGAUCCCAUCUCUUUUAUGCUCCCACGUCAACCACAUCAACAAAAAACAGUACCCCCGCUUGGAUGGGAAACGGAACUCAAUUUCGAUCCCGGAUAGAUAUCUCUGCCACAGGGAAGACAACCGCCGCUCGAGCGAGUGAACACAAUUCAAUGAAAGGAUUUCAAGACGUCAUCGACCAAACAUCAGAGCCGGCCUUCGAGAUCGUAGUCUUGGGAAGUGGUGGUGGACCCUUAGAGACAGAUUGCGCCGGGUACCUGGUGAAAGCUAUUGACCAACGCUGGGAGGAUGGUAUCCUGGGGCUAGAAGGAGGCUCAGGCUUGGGCGCUCUUUCAGCCUUGUUUUCUUCGCAAUCCCCAGAUACUAUGUUCCCUGGUAUCACUUUUCCUACGGACUACAGCACUCCUUUACUCCAGGCUUCUUAUGUCUUUUCCUUCGUAUCGGGCUAUCUCAUCACGCAUGCUCAUCUUGACCAUGUCCAGUCUUUGAUCAUGCUUACGGGUUCAGCACCUCCCCGGCCCAAUCUCGCAGCCUCCACCUGCGCCUCUGUUUCGCAACCUUUGCCUCCUCUGUGCCCCAUUGUAUACGGAACUACAGGAACAUUGGAAAAGCUGUCAACAGCAUACACUGGUCAGAUAUGGCCUGAGCUGGUAGCUUGGGUUCCAGGACACAAUGAGGAUCGCAAAACAGAAGCGCCAAAGAAGCGAAGAAAAGUGAAUCAAGCAGACAAGCAUACAAAAUCCAAAUCUCCUGAGUCUGAUACGCGACUUCCAUGUAACAAGAAUUCAACUGCUUCAUUAGUACUAUCACCCCUACAGACGAACAGCCCCCCUCAAUCACUAAUUGGCGCUCCUUCCUUAGGGGUCAGGCUAUACCCCCUAGUUCAUGGAAGUACAUCCAAAGAAACUUACGAGUCUUCUGGUGCAUUUAUCCGACAUAUGCCAUUACCAUAUCUUUCCCCCAAACCAGUGACCAGCGUUCGCUCAAGACGAAAGCCAGUGGAAGGCAAAGAAUUUCUUUUUUUGGGAGAUAUGGAAUCGGCCUAUAGGAAAUCAGGAGAAAAUGGCACGCAUCAGGAACUAAGAGCCAAGGCCGGUCGACUAAACUCCGUGAUAUGGGAAGAAGCGGCAAAGUCAUGGAUUGAAGGACGGUUAUGUGGUAUAUUUAUUGAAUGCUCGUAUGAUUCAAGUCGACUAGGACAGCACAUGUACGGCCACCUUUCUCCCCCCGCAGUCUAUCAUGAGUUGAAGGUACUUGCUGGUCAUGUUAGCCGAACAAAAACAAGGCCACUUGAUGGUCUGAAAAUAUUCAUAACACAUAUUAAGGAAAGCCUCGUUCCCCAUCCUGAAGGUAAAACCCAACAUGAGAUUAUAAUGGCCCAACUGCAAGAGUUGGAAAAAGAUGGGAAAUUAGGCGUCGCAUUCAUUCGCCCAGUAAAAGGCGAUCGCAUAAUCCUUUAGGUUGUAUUAGUAUGUUCGAAGUUGUAGAAUGGGAGAUGAGCUGGGGGAGUCUAUAAUCCUAUUUCCAUGGGCUGCUUGCAGUUUGCAAUCAUAUUGUUUUCGCAUGAUAAGGAAAAAGGGACUAUCUUCUCAAGUUCUAUUUCAACAUUACAAAUCCUUCCUGAUGGCAUCAGCAACGGUGUCGGCAAACUUACUCAUAAAUUUCCACCACCAUUCUAGAGAAAUUCCAUCUGCAUGGCGAUCGGCGUGCUUUGACACUAGGGCAAGAUAGCCAUAUACACCAUCGUUUUCAAUUGCUUCUGCAGUUGCUUUAGAACUGAUAUUGCCACCAGUAACACGAGCAGUCGGAUUGAGAGUAUCAAGAAGGAAGAUACUACAUACGUACAGAACAAGUACUAUAUAACCUGCUCCGCACCAACUACAAGGAUAUAUCUAUUUACGUUAAUACAGUCGCUCAACUGCUCAACUCCAUCGAGAAUAAUUUGAGGCCAUAGAGGGUCGGAAUGAUGGGAUAUCAUUGGACAUGAUAGUUGGUAGAUGUGUCGAAACGCAGCUGACGAAAGCGACAAUGAUA